AUUCCCUGUCAGUAUUCGAUGCAUACUGAACUGAUCUCAAUAUUUCAUUUAAGUUACAUGCGUGUUUGCUUGUGACUUACGAAGAGACAUCAUGCUGUACCUGCCUAAAUAACGUUUUCGGUAAUGCUGCUAUAUUACAGCUGUAAUAUAAAUAAGUUAUGUCUAGUGAUGUGAUAUGUCUGCGCGUUCAUGAUAAAGUACUCGCCCUUUGUAAAUGUAUUUCGGUGAGUUACAUUUAUGCUUGCUUCAAGUUACACUCUUCUCGUAUUGCUGACUCGAAGGAUUUCUUUUAAAAAAAUUCGUCAUCAAUUGUCAUGUGCCAGGUGCCUAGAAAGCAGCUGGCAAGAUGGGCAAGUUGUUGUCAAAAAUCUUUGGCAACAAGGAGAUGCGAAUCCUUAUGCUAGGAUUGGAUGCUGCUGGGAAAACUACGAUACUAUAUAAACUUAAACUAGGGCAGUCUGUAACAACUAUACCAACUGUAGGAUUCAAUGUAGAGACAGUUACCUAUAAAAAUGUUAAGUUCAAUGUUUGGGAUGUUGGUGGACAAGAUAAAAUACGUCCACUUUGGCGUCAUUAUUAUACUGGAACACAAGGACUUAUUUUCGUAGUAGAUUGUGCUGACAGAGAUCGAAUAGAUGAAGCACGUCAGGAGCUUCAUCGAAUUAUAAAUGAUAGGGAAAUGCGAGAUGCUAUUAUUUUAAUUUUUGCAAAUAAACAAGAUCUUCCAGAUGCAAUGAAACCACAUGAAAUACAAGAAAAACUGGGUUUAACUAGGAUACGAGAUAGAAAUUGGUAUGUGCAGCCAUCAUGUGCCACAACUGGAGAUGGGCUUUAUGAAGGCCUUACAUGGUUGACCAGUAAUCAUAAAUUAUGAGCAAAUAUUUAUUUUUCAUCAGUUAGCCACAUACCAAGAAUGUACGUUUGCUUUGUAUUGUCAUUUUUAUUUAUCAUGUAGAGGCUCUGUAACAAAACUGAUAAUGAUCAUUAUGAUCCAUAAGACAGAGAGCGAAAGAGAGAGAGAGAAAGAGAGAGAGAUAGAGAGAGAGAGAAAGAGAGAGAGAGAAAGAGGAAAUCAUUUCCAAUGUACUACAGCAAACGUAAAGUAACCAUUAACAUCAAAUGGUGCGUUUCAGUAAUAUUAAUACUAUAUAAAUAGAAAUUUAUCAAAGUACCAAAAGAUAUAGACUUUGUUACUAACUGUUUACUAAAGUCCGUGAAAAUAGUUAAUACAACAAUAUUGAUUAGAUUAUCACAUCCAACAUUUUACUAUAAUUUAUAUAUAUAUUUGCGUACAUAUCCCGCAUUACGGGAUACUAAUUAUAAGAGAAUACAAAAAGUUGUAAGAGCUACUUAUGAGAUUAAGAGAUACAUCCAGAAAAAGUAUCUUUACAAUUUGAAAUUAUCACUUAUGCAAUAGUUAAUUUAAAAUAUCGUCCAGAAUAGUUGGACAUAACAUUCAUUCAUCACUGGUUGUUAUCCAUGCUAUGUAAUAUGUAUCACACAUAAUAUUUAUACAUAUAAUCCCACUGAUAUAUGUGAGUAAACAUUCAAAGCACUUACAUAAAUGACUUUAUACAGCACAGAAAUAUUCCUUUGAUAAAUUUUUGCUAUCAAUCUCAUUUUUAAAAAAUAUUCGUACUGACAGUCAGUUCUUUUUCUUUUUUUAAUAAUCGUCUUCCAUUUGGGUCAACUUUUUAUGCAUAUCAGUCAACCUUACUUUUUUCGAAAAAGAUGAAAAGGAGAAAAAAAGUGCAACUUCUGACAUUGUGUAUUUUUUUGUGCUUUAACUUCGAUUGAAACGCAUUAGAUGUACAAACGUACACUUAUACAUACAUAAAUGGAGUUGUUCUGUACGCACAAAUGGUAAGCCACUGAGUUUGAUACCAUGAGCUCAAAAGAAAGAGAGAGAAAAAGGAAGAAAAUAGAAACAAUGUUACUAAUAAUGUAACAGCAUUAUAUCUGCCAAUAUUUUUUACCAGUUAAGCGAUCGGAUUACACAGAACUAGAAUUAGGUCACAGAGAAAAGAGCCAGACAGUGUUCUAUGUGCGUCUUAUUUCAUUUCCUUUUGAUAAUAAGAUGUAGAAUAAGAGUGAUAAACAUAUUUAUUAAUAUUUGCUAUUAACUAAACAAAACGAAUAUUUCAACAUCAUUCAAUUCUUUCUUUUCUACAAGCUUCAUAUUCACAUAGCGAUUAAAAGUAGAGUAACGAUAGUAUACGUUAUUCUAUCGCUCUAUUUCUAUGUCAACAUUUGAUUUGCAUUCCAUGAUAUAAUAUAAAUUAGGGUAUUAGUAUUUUAACAAAUUGUAUUACUUUACCGCAGUAAUAAUUAAUACAAAUAUAAUAAGUU